CGAGCAGCUGGGAUUUUUUGUGGGCGGGCUGUAUGAACCUUUGUCCGGCUCCCAACUUGAGAAUGUAUACCUCGUGUUUGUCCCUUCUCAAGUCGCAGUAUAGUGAUGCACCUCAUCACCAUCAAACCCUGCCUGUCCCAAGACUGGACUCAUUGUAAAUGGAACGAACCACGCCCAUGCGACGGAUCGGCGUCAUUGUUGCGACAUCAUGUCUUGGGACUCAAAUUUUUAGUCGUAAGAACAGAAGGUUGUGUGCAGAAUCUUGCCAGCGCGAGUCACGGCUUUUCUGUCUGGAAGUCAUCUCAAGAUGUGCCGGUCAACUGGUGGUAUGGUAGUUGGGGGCGUGGUGGUGCGCAGCAUCAUCAUUAUGCAACCCUAUCCUCAACCUAGGCCUGCGACAUUUGAAGAAGGCAAACGCACACCACCCAUGGCGCACCGGCGUCUUGUUUUGGAACAUGGCG